UGUAACUAAAGAAAGAAAGACAUGAACAUCUUGGAUGACAAGGGGGUGAGUACAUUAUUUGUAAAUUUUUGUUCUGGAAUUAGACUUCUACUUUAAGAACUGCUCACUGAAAUGUUCUAUGGGGAACCCAACAAUGGUUCUUCUAUGACAUUUCUGCAAAAACACCCUUUUGGAACCUUUAUUUUAAAGAGUGUAGAGGAGGCCAAUUAUCUCAAAGUGUGUAUGUGAUCAGUGUUUUCCCACAGUGAAGUAGCUACCUGUUUGUGUGCCCGGCGGGUGUGGGUCAGCAGCAGGGGGCUACAGUUGGCUGGUCAGCUCUGAAGUGGAUGGAUGAGGAGACACUUUUACUACCUUAUAAAAGGCCAGACCUAGGACAGCUGUCACCCCCUACAAAUGGUCAUGGAAAAUUCCUCAGAAUUUCUGCAGAAGAGUCCUCACGGGAACUUUCCCUGGCCCUCCUGCUGUUUCCAAAAGUAGGCUACCUCUGUUGUUUCCAUCAAAGCCAUUGUCUUAAUAGUGCUCAAACCUUUGUGUAAUGAAGACGCAUGAUGUUCCUGGCACCGGUUAGUGUUUUACAGUUAAAUCGGGAGGCCUUGCCUCCUUUUCUACCCUGUUAAUUUGUGUCUGCAUUCCUUUUCGACAUCCCCCAGUAAAUAUCCAGCAGUGUCAGACACAAGCGGAGCUGCACCAGGAUGAAAGUUAAUAAGGCAAAGCGUGUUAAAAAAUGGGAAGUAAUUGCACAGGAUUUGCCUAAUAUAACCCAGAUGGAUUGGUUUGCAUUGAGUUAUGAAUUUGGGAUUUGGUCUGGAAACUAGGAAUUUGAAUCCUAGGGGCCUGGAGGAAAAACAAGGCAGGAGGGUGAAGGGUGGCUGAGAUGCAGGGGCUGUUCAGCAGUGGGUGGAGAAAAAAGAAGUGGGACGUCCUAAGCUCCUUUCUAUAGCAUUGCACCUUUCCUCACAUUCGUAAUACACUUCUAAACAGCUAUUACCGCCUAGGUCCUGUCUGUUAUCACAGAGCUUUAACUAAACGAAGAGGGAGACAGAAGAACGAGAAGAACUUCUGCUGGACAGACUUCAGAAAAGGAGGCGACAGGAACUGAACAGGCCCCCUUUGCACGUCUGUUCUCUCUCUUAUUGGGCCUCUUCGGCGUGAGAGUGUGCCUUAACGACAGCUAUACAUUUGUUCAUCCAUCCAGCUGUGUGUGUGGCAGAGUGAAUGUCCUGUACCCUGUAACUAUGAAGGCCACAUAUGUGCUAAUUUGCGUGGGUCUGGUUGUUCUUCCUGCUACAAUCUGUCAGUCUCCUGCUGAACGUGACUCUUACACAGAGUGUACAGAUGGCUAUGAGUGGGACGUGCAGACUCAACUCUGUCGAGACAUCAACGAGUGUGAGACUAUACAGCAGGCCUGUCAGGGAGAGAUGAAAUGCUUUAAUCACUAUGGUGGUUACCUGUGCCUUCCUCGCUCCGCCUCCGUGAUCACCGCACCUGAGACCUCCAGCCAAUCAGAGCCCAGUGCUCCUGUGGAGACUAACGACUCCUUUAACCCCUGUCCAGUAGGCUACAGAGCCCAAGGAGAAACCUGUGUGGACAUCGAUGAGUGUGAAUUGGACAUGCAUGACUGUCAGCCCAGCCAGGAAUGUAUCAACACCGUGGGCACCUACACCUGUCAGUGCCCUGACGGCUACAACAAGAUUGGCAUAGAGUGUGUGGAUAUCGACGAGUGCAGGUACAGGUACUGUCAGCAUCGCUGCGUGAAUGUGCCAGGAUCUUUCUCUUGUGAAUGUGAGCCUGGCUUCCAGCUGGCGGGAAACAACCGAUCAUGUGUUGAUGUAAAUGAGUGUGAAAUGGGAGCACCUUGUCAGCAAAGGUGUUACAACAGUUACGGUACGUUCCUGUGUCGCUGCGAACAAGGCUAUGACCUGGGACCCGAUGGCUUCUCAUGCAAUGAUAUUGAUGAGUGCAGCUAUUCCAGUUUCCUCUGCCAGUUUCAGUGUGUGAACGAGCCUGGAAGAUUCUCCUGUGUUUGUCCAGAAGGUUACGAGUUACUUGGGACACGACUCUGCCAGGAUGUGAAUGAGUGUGAGACAGGCACUCACCAGUGUGGGGAGGGACAGGUCUGUGUGAACAUCCAUGGUGGACAUCAGUGUGUCAGCUCCAACCGCUGCCAGGACCCCUACGUCCAGGUCUCAGAGAAUCGUUGUAUAUGUCCAGUGGUGAAGCCAGAGUGUCGUGACAUGCCCUUCUCUAUUGUGCAUCGAUACAUGAGCAUCACCUCCGAACGCUCCGUCCCCUCCGACAUCUUCCAGAUCCAGGCCACCAGCGUCUAUCCUGGAGCCUACAACUCCUUCCGCAUUCGUUCUGGAGACGAAAAUGAAGAAUUCUACAUACGGCAAAUCAACAACAUCAGUGCCAUGUUGGUUUUGGCCAAAACUGUGACUGGACCGAAGGAGUACGUUCUCGAUCUGGAGAUGGUGUCUGUAAAUCCUCUCAUGAACUACCAGACCAGCUCUGUUCUGCGUCUCUCCGUUUAUGUUGGGCCUCAUGCUUUCUGAGGAGAGAGAGAUGGAGAGACAAACGUAGGAAAAACACUGUAUGACAGAAUAUUUUUGACUCAGUCUAUUUCUGCUUUUGUGUGUUGAAAAUUGGCAACACAAGUUCCACAAUUCACCACCUAAUGAUGUGAAAUCAUUUUUGUGGCUCACUUUGGCCGGUGACUGCAGGCUUAUUCUGGGAAGCGCUAAAGCAUCUGAACAUUCAUUCCUCUCACUUUGUCAUUCUCACACAUACAUGCAGCGUACAAGCACACAUACACAAACACACAUCAUAAACACACACACACAUAUCUGCUGCAGCCCAAAAAAAUUAUCUAACCUACAUACAAUACACAUUCCAUUUAUCUAGUGUAAUCUUAAAAAAAAAGAAAAUCACUAGCAAACUAAAGAAAAAUCCAGGGCUCUAUAUGCCUUGAAUGAAACAUGAAGAGAACAGAUUUCUAUGUAAAUAAUUUGUGAAACCAUUCUUACAUAAAGUGUUGCCUUUCUCUUAAGAUUUUUUUUAUUAAUUUCUUCUGCUUGUGUUUACUCAGACUUUUUUCAUCAUGUUUUUUUUUUUUUUGCAUAAUUACAUUGUUAUAGUAAAAAAAUGUAAAAGUAAAUAUAUUACAAAAAAAAUCGAAUCCUUGUUCACAUCUUUGUUUUUUACGAUCUUCUUCCUUUACUUGUCAUUUUUUGUCUUUAUGCUCACAUUUUGUGUUCAUGCUAAUAAUUUGGUUAAAGUUUCUCUUGGUUGUGUUUAUGAUAAGCAUAAAAUGAAAUGUAUUACUCAGGUGUCUCCACAUGGUGACAGUGUAACACUAGUGCACACAUGCUGAGUUUUACCUGUUUUAAUAUUAGCUAAAAGAACCAUUAUUACAGUCACAUUUAAGGGUCAAAAGUUAAAAAUAAAUGUCACAUUUAUA